GGCUUUAUCCUUGCAGUUUGUCCGCAUGGAAUGACAGUCCAAUCUGGCCUUCUGUCUCAUAGUCAUUCUUGGAAGUGUGCUGCCUGUUUUUGCUACAGUAGCUAGCUAGCUUGCUAUAAAGGACGACAGACUCAUUUUUUAACGGAGGCGACAACAAAGGCAACAACAAUGUCAAAAGACACCGAACGUAUGAGCGAGAAGAUAAUGGAGUCGAAGGUAUUAUGGUACCCAGACUCAAAGAAGAACACACAGAUGGACAGAUUCAGGACACAGGUGAACAGAGACUUUGGGCUUAAUCUAGCCAACUACAAUGACCUGUACCAGUGGUCUGUGGAGAGCUACCCUGAGUUCUGGGCUGAGGUGUGGCGUUUCUGUGGGGUAGUAAGCUCCAGGAUGUAUGAGGAGGUGGUGGAUAUCUCCAAGAGGAUAUCGGACGUCCCAGAGUGGUUCAAAGGAAGCCGCAUGAACUAUGCUGAGAACCUGCUAAAGCACAAAGACCAGGACAAGGUGGCCCUCUAUGCUGCUACCGAGGAAAAUGACGAGAUCACCAAGGUGACUUUCGGGGAGCUGAGGCGCGAUGUGGCGCUGUUCGCCGCCGCCAUGAGGAAGAUGGGUGUCGGGACAGGCGACAGAGUCGUAGGCUAUCUACCCAAUGGGAUCCAUGCGGUGGAGGCCAUGUUGGCUGCGGCCAGCAUCGGGGCCAUCUGGUCGUCCACAUCUGUGGACUUUGGAGUCAACGGUGUGUUGGACAGGUUCUCUCAGAUCCAGCCAAAACUCAUCUUCUCAGUUGCAGCGGUGGUGUACAACGGCAAACAGCACGACCACAUGGAGAAACUACACAGUGUGGUCAAAGGACUGCCCGAUCUCCAGAAGGUGGUUGUCAUUCCCUACGUACGAAGCAAACAAGACACUGAUCUUUCCAGGAUCCCUAAUAGUGUGUAUCUGGAUGACUUUUUGGCCACAGGGAAGGAGGGGGACCAGGCCCCUCAGCUAGAGUUUGAGCAGCUGCCCUUCUCUCACCCCCUGUUUAUCAUGUACUCCUCUGGGACCACUGGAUCCCCCAAGUGUAUGGUGCACUCGGCAGGGGGGACGCUUAUCCAGCAUCUAAAAGAGCACGUUCUCCAUGGCAACGUGACCAGCAGUGAUGUCGUCAUCUACUACACCACGACGGGCUGGAUGAUGUGGAACUGGCUGGUGACGUCGCUGGCCAUAGGGGCCUCUGUGGUUCUGUACGACGGCUCACCUCUCAUGCCCACACCCAACGUCCUCUGGGACCUUGUGGACCAAUUGGGCAUCACUAUUUUUGGGACCGGUGCAAAAUGGCUGGCCGUUCUGGAGGAGAGGGAUCUAAAGCCUGCGAACACACACGCGCUGCAGACCCUGCACACCAUCCUGUCCACGGGCUCUCCCCUGAAGCCCCAGAGCUAUGAGUAUGUCUACCGCUGCAUCAAGAACAAUGUGCUGCUGGGCUCCAUCUCAGGUGGAACAGAUAUUGUGUCCUGCUUUAUGGGCCAGAACGUGACGGUCCCCGUGUACAGAGGAGAGAUUCAGACCAGGAACCUGGGCAUGGCUGUGGAGGCCUGGAGCUGUGACGGAAAGCCAGUGUGGGGGGAGAGUGGUGAGCUGGUGUGUCUGAAGCCAAUCCCCUGUCAACCCACCCACUUCUGGAACGACGAGAAUGGGAGCAAAUACCACAAGGCUUACUUCUCUUCCUUCCCAGGUGUUUGGGCCCAUGGUGACUACUGUAAAAUCAACCCAAAGACAGGAGGAGUUGUCAUGCUUGGCAGAAGCGAUGGAACUUUGAACCCCAACGGUGUGCGUUUUGGGAGCUCGGAGAUCUACAACAUUGUGGAGGCCUUUGAGGAAGUGUCCGACAGCCUUUGCGUUCCACAGUACAAUGGGGACGGUGAGGAGCGAGUGAUCCUGUUCCUGAAGAUGACGCCCAACCAGUCCUUCGGCCCGGAGCUGGUACACAAAAUUCGCGGAGCCAUCCGGAAAGCCCUCUCCGCACGCCAUGUACCAGCGCUGUUCCUGGAGACCAGAGACAUUCCCUACACCCUCAGUGGGAAGAAGGUGGAGGUGGCUGUGAAGCAGGUGAUCGCUGGGAGGGAGGUGACCCAGCGAGGGGCCUUCUCCAACCCGGACUCCCUUGACCUCUACAAGAACCUACCAGAGCUCCAGAACUUCUGAGAACUUCUACAGUACACAUGAAAAACAAACAACGAGGAGAGAGAAAAAGACAGUUCCCCCAGAAACUCUUGUCCAGUUGAAGAGGAGAGGAGCUGGGUCAUUGGGUACAGGCCAUUGAAUGGUGGCCCUGGUUUCUCUUCUGCCUCUAACUCUUCAGUGACCUCACCUGGCCAUCCCAUUGGCUCCCUCUGGGUUCAGGACUGACCAAUAAAAAAGGAAUCCAGAACAAUGCGACGUACUA